UUGUGUAAUACAGAGAGGUGGGCAUUUUUUGUUUGAGUUUUGAGUCAGCUAUACAUGUAUUCAAAUUUGAUAUUUGACCCCUUGCUAGUAUUCUCUUCUAGGAUUAUAUAUGAGGAGAAAUAAAAUAAUACAUGUAAAGAUAAAUGUAUGUAGUAGGGCCUAAUAAAUGUUACUUUUCUUCUUUCUGCUGUCUAUAUCAUCUCUGAACUCAUAGACCUGGGAAGCAGGAAUUCUUGGGUUCUUCUGUCUCCUGUGAUUGGGAGGCUGGGGAGGAGUCACUUGAGCAGCAUGCAAGAUGACCCCCACACUUUGCAGCCUUCCAGAAUGGUGAUGGAGGCAGCAAGAAGCCGUUGCCCCAGUCCAUCCCUGCAAACUGUACCUUGUGGCCUGCCUCAUGGGAGUGCCAUCCAGUUGUGCAUAUAACUGUGGGCUGGUGAAUGCUCCUAUCUUUGCUUCAAGAUUCCCUUUGCUGCAAGGAGGAGCCUCUGGAGGUUCUGGGGGUCAGAAGUGUGACCUGGAAGACCCUAAAAGGAGUUCCCAGGCAUGUUGCCUCUUCUAGGAGCCAAGAAAACAUAGGAAAGGCCCCAUGGGGCUGGGAGGCUUUGCACCUAACACCUCCAGUGGGCUGGUGGGACUGCACAGUGGCGGCUGGGGGUGGGGGGUGUCUGGCAAAAUGAGACAUGUGAUUCCCACUGCAGAUCACCUGACUACUUGCCCUGGUUUGGGGAAGAAGUCCCAGUCAUUAAUCUCUAGAACCUUUGUGGAGAUACCACCAACAGGUUUUGGUCUUCACCCCUUUUGCUCUCCCUUCCCAUCUUCAUGCGGGGGAGGCUCCUGAACCCCCGUAACCUGAAGGGGUAACUCUGGCAGUAAUGCUUCCUCCUCCCUUACUUGAGAUUAGGCUGAGGCUGAAUCCCUUGUGUGGGGGAGAUGGCGCCCUAACCUGCUUGUUCAGCAACUGGCUCUAGCCUGGGUCAGAGGGCUCCCGAUGCGGCUUGUGUGUACUGCUGGGUCCUGUCCUGUGGGGAGACCAGGGUGUCGGGAGAGGGAGCUGAGGAUCAGGAGUGAAUGGGUCUUCUCGCAACUCCCAGAAGAUAGAUAUCAGCCCCCAGACCAAUGUUCCAUCCCAAGUUCCUUGAACCAAGUGUUUCAGUGACAUCGCUGACUCUGCCUCUGUGCUGGAGCUUCUGGGGAUGCGGAAAGGUGGAGGAGGACGCUGGAACGAUGAUGUGGGUGCUAAGACAGGACAGUUCUAGUUUCCCAGGGGAUACGGUCCCUGGUUUUUACUUUCCCAGGACAGCUGGGGCCUUGUAAAAAUCAGGGAGGGAACAUAAGCAAGAGACAUGGAGAGCCUUGUGCUCAUGACUCAGAGAUGCCCGGACCAGGGUGGGGGCCUUGUGAGGGGAUGACCUUGUGAUGAGAGGGAACAAGAGCAAAAGCUGGAGGCAGAACUUUGAGAUGGGGGUGUCAGAGGGGCUUUUCUGAAAUGUGAAAAUGAAUACAUGGACGGAUUUUGCAACACCAUCCAGCCUGCUGUCUUCUCAAGUUUUGCUCCCUAACCUCUGCCUGUUCCUCCUGCCCCACCCUGUGCUUCCUCCCAUCUUUCACCGAACUCCUUUCUAUUUCUGUUUUCCCUGUCCUUCUCCCGUCCUGUUCCCCCACACCCCAUGUCCACUCUUUCCCUACUCGCUCUCUUCUCCUCUUCCCUGGUGUCCUGUUCAUCUCUGUCUCAGUACCUCUGGCCGCUUGCCCUGGCCCCCUGUCCUUCUGUGCUUUCAUGUGGAGCCCAUGGGAACUGAAGUUCACAGCAAAACAGGAAGAGCCUGUGAGCAGGAAACUGGGAGUGGGGUAGGGGGGGAACAACCAGCAGUAACCUCAGCUCCUUGCCUCCCACAUCUGGACUGAAGCAUCCCCAGGGCCCCUUGCCUCUCCCACUGCAGCCCACCAGCCCCAGCUUCGUCCAUCUCGCUUCACUGGUCCAGCAGAGCUGAGAGGCAACAAGAUGUAUCCUGGACUCUGACACAGGAGAAAGAAAGAGGACAGGGACGCGAGUGAGGACAUCUGGAUUCUGAUCCCAGCUUGGCCACUGACUGUGUGUGGUCUUGGAAAAGACUCUCCCAUGAGCUCAGUGUUAUUGUACCCUCCCUCCCUCCUGGGGCUGCUCUAAGGACCAGAAGAGAUAGUGAGGGGUUUGUAGAUGGAAAUAAGCACACGAAGGUUAACAGUGUACAGAUUCAAGGUGAUGGGAAGACCCAUAGCUGAAAGGAUUGGGAGUUUAAUUACUGCUUCCAUUUCUAGUACUCUUACUGUGUGCUCUGAUACAUUGUUUAAUUCUCACAACCUUAUGUGGCAAAAACCAUUAUUAUUAUACCAGUUUUAAAGAUAGAGAAACAGAGGUUCAGAGACAUUAAGUAACUUGCUUAAUCAAGAUCACACAGCAAAUAAGAGGCAGAGGCAAGGCCUGGAUUUGAACCCAAAAUUUGAGCUCAGAGCCCAAGCACUAAAACAAUGAUGAAAUUGACUAGAGCCAACAAGUAUGGGAUAGAAGAGGAUGAUACUAUUUUUCUUGUUUACUUAUUCAUUCAACAAACAGAACCACAGUACCUACUCUGUUUCUACUUUAUGGCAGGCCCUGUUUCAGGGGAGGUAAAAUCAGUAAAACGAGGUGUCUACCUUCAGGGAUGGACCUCAUGUUGUGGCGAGAAGGCACGGCUACAGUCUCAGUAGAUGCUGGACAGAGCCUGCCCUCACUUCUGACGGAACCCUUCCCCAGAUGAGGGUACCUGCAUACCCUCUCAGAUCCAUCCUGGACUGGCACCCAGAUCUACCGUCUUCCGUCCCAGACCAUCCAUUGCUGUAGCGACUUCUUUCCACCACCCACACACCUCCCCCUCCGGCCUCCUCCCUUCUCUGGCCUCCGCAGGGCAUCCACGUUCAGAGACUCCCUGGAAGGCCCAGCACCUGCCUGUCUCCACCCCUGGAGUUCUGUCAGCUUGGUAGAGGCCUGGGGCUAGUGGGGAGAGCUUCUUGGCCCCUUUCCAGAGGACAGUCCCUUGGUAAUGUCCAGGGCUCCAGGAAGAGAUGUCUUUGUGGCUGGAGGCCCCUGUGCCUGAUGUUUCUCCUGACUGUGCAGUGGAGCUGUGGGAGCCAGAUGCACGAGAUGCAAGCAGCCAGCCUCUGGGAAGCAGCAGCUGUACCCUCAGGGAGGAAUCUAGCACACCCCAAUCUGCUGGGAGCACUUCACGGGUGGGGCUGGAGGCAACAGAGCCCACAGCCCUGCUCCCCGGGGUGGAGGCCCCUCCAGAGUCCACAGAGCUUCGUCCACAAAAGCGGAAAAAGGGGCCAGCCCCCAAAAUGCUGGGGAAUGAGCUGUGCAGUGUGUGUGGGGACAAGGCUUCCGGCUUCCACUACAACGUGCUGAGCUGCGAGGGCUGCAAGGGAUUCUUCCGCCGCAGUGUCAUCAAAGGGGCGCGCUACGUCUGCCACAGUGGGGGCCACUGCCCCAUGGACACCUACAUGCGUCGCAAGUGCCAGGAGUGCCGCCUUCGCAAAUGCCGCCAGGCCGGCAUGCGGGAGGAGUGUGUUCUGUCAGAAGAACAGAUCCGUCUGAAGAAACUGAAGCGGCAAGAGGAGGAACAGGCUCAGGCCACAUCCGUGCCCCCGAGGGCUUCCUCUCCGCCCCAAGUCCUGCCCCAGCUCAGCCCGGAGCAGCUGGGCAUGAUUGAGAAGCUGGUGGCUGCCCAGCAGCAGUGUAACAGACGUUCCUUCUCAGACCGGCUUCGAGUCACGCCUUGGCCCAUGGCACCAGAUCCCCAGAGUCGGGAGGCCCGUCAGCAACGCUUUGCCCACUUCACGGAGCUGGCCAUUGUCUCUGUGCAGGAGAUCGUUGAUUUUGCCAAACAGCUGCCGGGCUUCCUGCAGCUCAGCCGGGAGGACCAGAUCGCCCUCCUGAAGACCUCUGCAAUUGAGGUGAUGCUUCUGGAGACAUCUCGGAGGUACAACCCUGGAAGUGAGAGUAUUACCUUCCUCAAGGAUUUCAGUUAUAACCGGGAAGACUUUGCCAAAGCAGGGCUGCAGGUGGAGUUCAUCAACCCCAUCUUUGAGUUCUCCAGAGCCAUGAAUGAGCUGCAACUAAAUGAUGCUGAGUUUGCCUUGCUCAUUGCCAUCAGCAUCUUCUCUGCAGACCGGCCCAACGUGCAGGACCAGCUCCAGGUAGAGAGGCUGCAACACACAUAUGUGGAGGCCCUGCAUGCCUACGUCUCCAUCCACCACCCCCAUGACCGACUCAUGUUCCCACGGAUGCUAAUGAAACUGGUGAACCUCCGGACACUGAGCAGUGUCCAUUCAGAGCAAGUAUUUGCGCUGCGCCUGCAGGAUAAAAAGCUUCCCCCGCUGCUCUCUGAGAUCUGGGAUGUGCACGAGUGACCGAUCUUCCGCUGUAUCUUCUGUUUUCUGAGCUGGAUGGCUGAGGCUGGUGGCUGCCUCCUAGAGGUGGAACCGACUGAGAAGGACAAACAUUCCUGAGGGCUGGGCAAAGGAGAUCCUCAAGUGGCAUUAAAGGAGAGUCAAAGGGUUGGGAGUUUUGUGGCUGCUGGGUAGUAGGGAUCCUGGUAAAACGGUGCUCCAUGUGAAGACUGUACUAACCGGGCCCAAUGGAUGAACCUGGGGGCCACUUUGCACAAGGUUCUCCAGGGCCCUGCCCAUCCUGCCUCUACCACUUCCUGUUUUCUCCAUAGGGCCCCAAGAUAAAUUCUCCACUGUCACCCUGCGGCUUGGCCAUAAAUGCCUCCGGGCUGCCUCACCGAUAGGCCUGGCACUGUUUGUACAGGAAGGCCAAAACGAAUUCAGAAUGAGAGAAACCAAUUUCUGGAAUGGGGGUGGGGCCCGACAACACAGGAGGGAAGCUUGUGUCCUUGCGGGUCCGUUUCCAAACUCAGAGGAGGGAGACAAGUCACAAGUGACAGCCUUGGCAGUGAGUGGGGACCUCCUUUCACCAGCCCCAUUGCGAUGUAAGGGUCAAUGAAGGGCUGAGGCUGGGACGCGCCCUUGCCCCCCUUCAGUGAUCCCGGUGGGAUCGUGUUGCCUUUCUGUGAGGGAGAGGGUGUUGGAUUUUCGGAACUAACGCCUCAGUCGUGCACCUGUGUUCGUGCGCACGGGUAUAAUGCCUUGGUUUCUCCAUUGAUAUUUAAGAAGGUACAACAAUCCUUCCUCUUGGCCCGCAGGCCCUGUGGGACAGCGAGAAAAGUUCCCUGAGGCCAGGGGUAGGCUGCUGUGUCCGGGGUUUAGCCUCGCGGAAGGGCUGGACUCCCUCUCCCAGCGCGCACCGCGGCACCGCUCUCGCCCUCUGCCUUGGAGCGCACCGGGUGGAGGAGAUGCCGCGGCCGCGCCUUCCGGCCUCAAGUCCCCCCGCCGCCCCUGAAUUGGUAGGCUCCACCGCCGCGGCCGCAGGCUUUCCUGCCCACGCGGCUGGGCACUUCCAAAGCGCGAGCGGGGGAGGUAGAUGAGGUGAGGGGAACGGUGAGAAAGUCCUAGGGCAGCUUAUCUUGAGACGUCGAUUCCAGAUUCAUCCGCAGUUCAUCGAAAUGGGCUCUGUUUCCG